GCCAUGUGCUUGGUGCUGAAAUGAGGCCACCUCAUUGUCUGUAGGUGGCUUCAGGAUGGGGUGUCGACAGCAGAUGCUCAGAGACUGCCUGCCCCUGGUCACCUGGUGUCAGCGGCAGCAUCAAAAUAAAGUCCUGUCACGUGCAAACCUGCAGCAGGGUCAGCCAGGGCAGCAUGAAAAUGUCCCCUGCCCCUGUUCCUGUUCCAGGGGCCCCAGGGGCUCUGCAGGUGAGGACAGAGAGGGUUUUGCUAAACAAAUCCACUGUCCCCCACCUCAGCUCCCUAUAUCUGGUCUCUGCCUGGCAUAUCACCUGCUGGAGGCUAUACACCCCGCUAUGCCUGGCCUGACUCCCUCGGGUCUCUCAUUUCUCCUGGGCCUCGUGGCUCUCCUGGGCCCUGCAGUGGGGGCCCCUCUGUGCCUGUCACGCCUGCUCAAAAUGGAAGGCAACUACACGCUGGGUGGGCUCUUCCCCAUGAGCUCAGCUGAGGGCACUGACUUUGGGGACAGGACGAAGCCAGAGAGCAUCACGUGCAAAAGGUUCUCAGCUUUUGGCCUGCUCUGGGCACUGGCUAUGAAGAUGGCAGUGGAUGAGAUUAACAAUGGGUCAGCCCUGCUGCCGGGGCUACGUCUGGGCUACGACCUGUUCGACUCAUGCUCAGAGCCUGUGGUAGCCAUGAAGCCCAGCCUGGUGUUCCUGGCCAAGGCAGGCAGUCGCGACAUUGCGGCCUACUGCAAUUAUACACAGUACCAGCCACGUGUGCUGGCUGUCAUCGGGCCCCAUUCCUCGGAGCUCGCCCUCGUCACUGGCAAGUUCUUCGGCUUCUUCCUCAUGCCCCAGGUCAGCUAUGGUGCCAGCACGGACCGGCUGAGCAACCGGGAGAUGUUCCCAUCCUUCUUCCGCACAGUGCCCAGUGACCGCGUGCAGCUGAUGGCCAUAGUGGAGCUGCUGGCGGCCUUUAGUUGGAACUGGGUGGUAGCCGUGGGCAGCGAUGAUGAGUAUGGCCGUCAGGGCCUGAGCAUAUUCUCCAGCCUGGCCAGUGCCCGAAACAUCUGCAUCGCCUAUGAGGGUCUGGUGCCGCUGCCCCUUGGCCAUAGUGCACCUCUGGGCCAGGUAGAGAAGUUGCUGCAGAUAGUGAACCAGAGCAACGUGCAGGUGGUGGUGCUGUUUGCCUCUGCCCGAGCUGCCCAUGCCCUCUUCAGCUACAGUGUCCACAGCCAGCUUACACCCAAGGUAUGGGUGACCAGCGAGGCCUGGCUAUCCUCAGACCUGGUCACCACAGUGCCUGGCAUGGCCCAAAUGGGCACCGUGCUUGGCUUCCUGCAGCGCGGUGCCCCGCUGCCAGAGUUCCCGAGCUACGUGGCCACCUUCCUAGCCCUAGCUGCUGACCCAGCCUUCUGUACCUCACUGGAUGCUGCACAGCCAGGCCUAGAGGAGCAUGUGGUGGGGCCACGCUGUCCACAGUGUGAUCAUAUCACAUUUAAGAACCUCUCCACCGCGCUGAAGAAUCACCAGUCCUUCGCUGCCUAUGCGGCCGUGUACAGUGUGGCUCAGGCGCUCCACAAUACACUUCGCUGCAAUGCCUCAGGUUGCCCUGCACAUAAGCCGGUGCAGCCUUGGCAGCUCCUGGAGAGAAUGUACAACAUGAGCUUCCACGCCCGAAGCCUGGAGCUGUCCUUCGACGCCAAUGGGAACGUGGAUAUGGAGUACGACCUGAAGCUGUUGGUGUGGCGGGGCCAGGAGUUUGAGCUCCGCACCGUGGGCACCUUCAACGGCCAGCUCCAUCUCCACCACUCCCAGAUCACGUGGCACACGCCAGGCCAUAAGGUGAGCCAGGGGCACGUGUCCCCUUCACAAGGUCUUAGGCCACUCAGGCGCAACACCCCUGCUGCCAUGGGAGCACAGCCUCGUGGGUACUCAGGUCUAUACUCCUACCCACACCUCCCACCUGGUGGUCACUGUUGGGGUCGCACCUCCCACCUGCUGGGCAAUGGGGAUGGUCACAGCAACCAGCGGGCUGAGGCUGCUCUGCCCCAGGAGCCACCGGUGUCCCAGUGCUCGCGACAGUGUGCAGAGGGUCAGGUGCGCCGUGUAAAGGGCUCCCACUCCUGCUGUUACGACUGCGUGGACUGCAGGGCUGGCACCUACAGGCGUCACCAAGAUGACCUUUUCUGUACCCAGUGUGGCCUGGAUGAGUGGUCCCCAGACCGGAGCAUGCGCUGCUUCCCACGCAGGCCCAAGUUCCUGACAUGGAGGGAGCCAAUCACGCUGGGGUUGCUCGUGCUGCUGGGCCUGGUGCUGGGCCUGACGCUAGCAACCCUGGGGCUCUUCAUCCAUCACUGGGACAGCCCAAUGGUGCGGGCCUCUGGCGGGCCACUGGCCUGCUUUGGCCUGGCCUGCCUGGGUUUGGUCUGCCUCAGCGUGCUCCUGUUUCCCGGGUGGCCCAGUCCCACUGGCUGCCUCGCACAGCAGCCACUGUUCCACCUGCCGCUGACUGGCUGCCUGAGCACACUGUUUCUGCAGGCAGCUGAGAUAUUUGUGGAGUCAGAGCUGCCACAAGCCUGGACGGGGCGGCUGCAGGGCUGGUUUCGGGGCCCAAGGGCCUGGCUGGUGGUGCUGCUGGCCGUUUUGGCAGAGGCGGCACUGUGCACCUGGUACUUGGUGGCCUUCCCGUCUGAGGUGGUGACCGACUGGCGGGCACUGCCCCAAGAGGCGCUGGUACACUGCUAUGUGCGCUCCUGGGUCAGCUUCGGCCUGGUGCAUGCCACUAACGCCAUCCUGGCCUUCCUGUGCUUCCUGGGCACCUUCCUGGUACAGAGCCAGCCCAGCCGGUACAACCGUGCGCGUGGCCUCACCUUUGCCACACUGGCCUACUUCAUCAUCUGGAUUUCCUUUGUGCCUCUCUUCGCCAACGUGCACAUGGCCUACCAACCCGCCGUGCAGAUGACAGCCAUCCUCCUCUGCACCCUGGGCAUCCUGGCUUCUGUCCACCUGCCCAAGUGCUACCUCCUGCUAUGGCACCCGGCACUCAACACUUUGGAGUUCUUCCUGGGGGAGGGGCCCAGGAGUGCAGGGGAGACUCAGGAAAACCAAGAGUCCGUGACCCCAGACCCCGUGAGCUCACCCCCAGUGAUGCCAAUCCAAUAGAGACCCCCAAACCAAAAGUCCCCAACCCACAACCCCAGGUCUGUGUUUUGACUCUGAGACCCCUCAGCCCUAGGUUCUAACCCCAAGUUAACAGCUGACCUUGACCCCACAUGACCCUGGGCCUGCACUGUGUACAAGAGGUCUGGGACCCCAGGAGACUGUCUGUCAAGUGCCCCAGCCCCACAUUCUGGGAGAGGCCUACAUGGCCCCCACAGGCUCCCUGGAAUCCUGCAGCUCUGGGGGUGGCCCACACCAUGAAAGCCCCAGGCUGGGCCAUUUGAGGCCACAGCAGAGGGUCCUCGCCUGGCAGUGCCCAGUCUGGGGCACACCCAGCAUGUCUACAAUUGCAGGCUUUGCAGGAGCAGGAAGCUGGUGAAAUGGGCUGCCGCCCUGGAUCCCAGGGCAGAUGUUUCUCAGAGAAGGGGAGGUGCCAGCUUCCUUCUCUUCCUGGGACCUAGCGGGUGGAGGAGGAGAGGCAGCCACCAGCACCUCGGACAGUGCCCCAGCAGGGGGGGUCAGCACCGUGGCCAGCGCCAGUUACAAGGACCCCUGGAGCUGGUAGUCAGCACCACUGACAGAAAGCUGCCUGCCAGGACCCCAGCAGCAGCCAGCACCCAGGACAGAGCCUGGCAGGCUUGCACCUGGGCUGGCAGAGGCCUGGUCAAGGGCCCUGGGGGCACUGACGGGCGCCUCGCACCCCAUCUCCUAAAGCAGCCACAGGAAAGAGGAACACAGCCACAUCUCAGUCC